AUGGGGAGGGGUCUACAGUACCUGCGCCGAUGCAGGGCGCCGAGGACUCGCGUCUUCUUCUUUCUCACAUUGUCACUGUUGCUUUCUCAGUGGCAGGGGACGUUUACUGCAGAUCCAAAUGGGGCAGGAGAGGGCGCUGGUUCUGACGAGGUUCAGCUGGAGGAGCCAAUUCAAACACUGACCAGUCCAACACUAGCAGUUGGGCGGGGACGGAGCCCCCGCAGCAAUGUGACAUCUCCAAGGCAUGCCCCCUCAGGAGCUUCACCUUCUUCUGGCACCCCCUCAAGUGGAUCACGUAAAAGUUCGCCUUCAGGGUCUUCCCCCAGCAAAUCAAGUCCCUCUUCAGGCGCUCGUCAAGCCCUUAAACGACUGAGACGUUCUCUUCCGAAGGAAGCUCCAUCAAUCCAGACCAGGGCUGUACAGGAGUUCAUUUCCGCUGAGCUGGCUCAAGGGGAUACCUCCCGGGAGGAUUUGAUGAGAGCUGUUAUAACACUUGCAGGGGAGGGCCACAAAUUUGUGGAGGGAGACGUGCCAGCGACAAGGACGCAUCUCCUGAGGAGCACUGCGAAUAGUUUGCAACUUGGCCCAGGGCACUGGCUGGAUAGUUGUGACCUGGAUGUGCUGAGCUCAGGGGAUCUACGAAGGCUCACCCGUGAGGCAAGCAGCGCUCCUUCACUGAAGGGGACUGCAAAGUCGGGAGAACUCUCCCCAGUGCGGUCAGAAUCACCUACCAGCGACUCAUCUGCGCCAUUGACCUUCCCCAGCUCAGCGGAUGUAUCGCCGUCAGCUUCACCUCCUAUGGCCUUGUCGCCUGAGCCGUCUGAAUCUGAAUUUCCAGUUGAUGCGAGUCCGCUGUUGAAGCGGCUUGUGUCGCCUGACCCACCAGAGGCUCAGGGACCCAGCGCCGGACCGUCAGGACAGAGCGAGCUAGCAGCUGGCUCUGUUGAGGAGACAUUAUCCCCAUUGGUUGAGGAGAGCUGGAUAACGGAAGUGAAAAAGUUGUUGGCAGAUGUGCCGUCUGCGCCGGCAGAUGAGAAGCCGUCUCGAUACUCUCCUGAAACUCAGCAGGUGCUUGAUGAGAUACCGGAUCUACCAGGCGCACUGAUAUCAGAAUCUACCGAAGAAUUACUGGGCUUUUCCCCGUACAUUGGAGUUCCUUCACAAGAAAAGCAAUCGCCUGAUAUGGAAGGAGAACCAAGUCGUGAGACCUCCUUUGUGGGCCCACCGGCAAGCGACACUCACGAAGAGGCUUUGGAUGACCUUAGACGGCAGGUGGACUUGAUCAUAGAAGAGUUGCAACAGGCAUCUGAAGAGUAUGAAGGGGGGUCAACAGCUGCCAAGGCUGCAGAGGAAGAGCCCAGGGAUAGGUUAGACGAAGGAGGAGCAAGGCCGAUGGAUGAACAUGGGCCCGCUGAAGGAGAACGUGGCGCUAGUGGUUUUGUCUCUGGAGUUCCAGGUCCUGUUCAUGCUGAGGGUGAAGAUUCGCCUGUGAGCAGUGAGGCAUCAACAGUUGCCUUGGAGGAGACACCUUAUGCAGCCUCCCAGCCUUCUAGCUCAGGGAGCUGGCGAGGAAGUCAGUCUUUCGAGCAGAAGCACGUUGUCACGGAAUUCCGGCGAGAGCGUCCGAGACUUUGGGAAAGGACGAAGUCUGCUGCGCAGAAGCACAAGGGAAUGUUUCUUGUGGCAGGAGGGGUGGUACUAGCCACAGCCAUCAUAGCAGGACUUGUUUUUGUCCACAAGAAAAUAGGACCUCGCAUUCCUAUUUCCAGCCCGCUGGUAAGCACAAUAGAAUCAAAGAAGUGCCAUGUCCUGGUUGAUUUUGAGAAGGCUCACAACCUCAAGGGUAUGGGACGAGUGGUAGGAAUCGAAGGAGUGAAAGUGAACAAUACGAAGCGGAUCCUGACAGUGACGUAUUUGGAGAAACCAGCCGUAAGGAGCUCGCGAGGUUGGGAGAUGUUCAAAUGGUUAAAGCAUCGUCUUAGCUUCGGGAAGUCUCUUGUUCGCCGAGUAGAAACGCUGGCCUUCCCUGAAUCUUGCAUGGCGGCUUCUCAUUCCAGUUUCCAAGUGGCAGAAACAAACGGGCACGUUGCGCGGAUGUUGGUAGAUUUGGACCUAAAUCCUGGUCCUCUGACUGUCCCGAGGGAGGUUUUGGAGAACGACGAAAUAGACGAACUGUUGAGCAGGUAUGAGCAGGACUCUCAAUGGAAGCUUUAUGAAGACUGCGUGAUGCACAUCACUGUAGAUCGUCCAUUCGAAGGGUCACCGCUUGUACAAGUGGAACCUGCUCGGGGUCGGGUCAGCUUCCAGAACCCUGAACUGCAUCAUCUUAGUAGCGAGCUUCCCCGGAAUUGCGAUUGGAGGGAGCCCUCGAGGCUCCGGAUUGUAUACAAGAGCCAGGCUAGUGCCCCGCUUGAUGUGCUUUUAAUGAUGACUGCGGCGGACCCACCUUUGGAAGAUAGCGUAAAUCUCGACAGAGGAUAUGGGGACGCAACUUUACAUGAAGACAGCGAUGACGUUUUGUACGACAUCCGCACAUUAUUUGAAGAGUGA